AUGGACUACUUCCGGACUGAAGAGGGCGAAGGGACAUCAGAACCUGCUGAACCUUUCCGACGAGAUAAACGCGGCCGUCGUCGUCACGACCAGAUGUCUCUGCCCGUCGUGAUGGAGGUCAUUGGCAUUGGGGGUGGAGCGAGAAGGGCAACUCGCCCGACUGCCAUCUACAACGCGCCGAAUGGAAAUAGCGGAGGCUACUGGGGCAAAACAUGUGACGACUGCAAUAUGCAGAUGUUCGACGAGUUUGAUAAGACUUGGGCCCCACUUGCUGGGGGACAAAGCGUGUUUUCUCUCUUCCCACGUCCCGUCCUCGUCCCUCGUCCCUCGUCCCUCGGGAACACUCGAGCAGGCAACCUCCACCAGAUUGCUACCAUUACAUCGCUCCCCUCGGUCUUUUGCCCACAUCCAGGUGCAGCCGGCAUUACGAAGGAGCAAAGCCGCCCACCGCUCAAGUUUUCCAUGACACGGUUGGGCCGUUGGCCCCCCCUCACCCAAUGGGUGCGCGUCGUUUCUUCGCCGGUGGGCUCGGUCCCAAGGCUGGAGGGGGGAGACAGCCUGAUACUCGAGUGCCGACUACAACCCCCUGAUGGAUGCCUCAACGGAAGGCUACUGAGAAUUCACCAACGAGCACUCCACGUCUCGGAAACCAAAACACUACGCGACUGCCGCUCUCUAAUUACAACGUACAUUCAUACCAUCCGCACCCCUGGUCUUGAAAGAGCGGCGCGUCGGACCCUGUCGAGCGUCAAGGAUCUGGUCCAGGUCGGGCAAAGAUACGCUGCGAGGGGGGACCUUUCGUCCCUCUCCCCAGUCAAUAUCCAUCCAUACCUUACCUGUUAUCCUGACGAUCCGUAUCCCCCGUACUACCCGGCCCCCCCCUCGCUCUUCUUCCCCCUCGGUUCUGCGCGGUUGCGGUUGUGUGUCCACUAUCACAAAUACCCCAAUAACAAUAACACCCACUCGUUAUGGCCUGCGCGAAACCUGGGGUCUUGUCAACAACCAAUCCACACGAACGCCCACUCGGCCACCAAAUCAUCUGUCAGACGACCUCGAUUUCGUGAGCAUCCGAGAGAUGCCUUGAUUGUCUUCGACGCAAACCGCCCUUCUCUCACACUAGCAUCACUCUCGGACAGGAGUUCAGGUCGACCAUCGACGCAGACUGUCAUCCCUCAUCUAGCCGCCAUGGUCGGCCAGGAUGAGGCCUCCUCAGGGCCGAAGCCAUUUGAAGCCUUCCGUAAUCGGACACCGCCCCAUGCGAGAAGAGCCAGGCCGCCCGAUGUCCACCUUGUCAGUCUACCCGAGGAUAGGGUCCCUCUGCGAGCAGACAGGAUGCAGAAGCGCGAAUCCCGCCUCGGCUUGCGAAACCUCUUCAGCCGGUCAAAAAGUUCCAGGGAAUCGCCGCAAGACGUCUCUUCACAAAUGGAACUCAAUCGACCAGGCGGGCUGCGUACUUCGUUGGUCGCCAUUACCCAACAACAGCAACAGCAACAGCAACAGCAACAACCUCAUACACAGACGACGCGACUGAAAAUCAGCUCGCCAAUGCCGGUGCAAACUGUACCUCGACCGUCGCAUGCGGCCCAUAACUCUUCUCCCCAGGUCCAUCGGUCCCCCGGGCUCAUGACGCUUCCGAGCGGGGUUAGGGCUAAGAUGGAGCCCGCACUGGCUGCCAAGCAGCCUCGCGGUCAUAUAGGGACCUGGGACCCGCCGCCCUUGUUCAAGGCGUAUCCCCAGGCCGUGAAAUACGCACAUUUACCCGCGACUGUCAUCUCGGCCGACGCCAUCCUGCGACAGAAUGACCGCAAAGGGAGCGGAGGGACCUGGGAAGAUUUGACCCAGUCAAGGCGAGACCAGGACGGGGACCAGUCGGGCAAGAGGAGGCAUCGGAGGAAUACGUCUGAAUCCCAAAGCAAGCUCGAUUGGACAAGCAAGGUGUACCUUUUGUGCACGUCGGGCUACCUGUUGCAAUACUCGGGAGAAGGCACUUAUGACCGCUUGCCGGAAAAAAUACUCCAGCUGGGGAAGGACUCGGCGGCUUUUGUGAGCGAUGCCAUCCCUGGCCGGCAUUGGGUGCUGCAGGUCUCGUCGUUCAUGGACGCCAACGGACCAACGCAAGACUCGCGCUCGCUGUUCUCCAAGUUGCCGUUCCGGGGGUUCGAGAAGAGACAAACCUCCAACCUGCUACUCGUAUUCGAAAACGUCGAAGAUAUGGAAGGGUGGAUUGCCGUACUGCGCCGCGAGAUCGAAGCCCUCGGCGGCAAGAAGAGCACGUCCGAGACGGGCCAGCCGAAAAGGGAAGGAGACCGCAUACAGCUGAGGCUUCAACCCAGCCAGCGGACGCUGGUCGUUCGGGACCCGGAUCGGUUUUCGCGCGUCAUUCCGCCAGACUUUUCGUGGCGUUCCGAACAGGAACAAGUCCGGGACACUGGUCAAGACGGGGAUCUGGAUCGGAACCAGGACGAUGCGGAUGGCUCCGUCGUUAUCGUCGAGUCGGAGGCUACCCCCGAGACCGCCAUCGAUGAUGCUUCCACCACGAACAGCGUGGUGUCUCACGAUGGAUGCCAGCUCGACAGUCUCAGGCACAGCGCUAAUCGUCUUUCCUGUAUUUCUUCCGGGCAGCGGACCGUCUUCACGUCCUCCAGCUCAUCACCGCCCUGUUCGCCAAUACGGGACUUUUUCGACGUACCCUGCCUCGAACCCCCCCCACUGUCCAUGUCAACUACACCUCAGCUUCGACCGCGCCCCAACGCUGCAGCCAUCUUAGAUCGGCGGCAAUCCAUGCAGACCAUGAACCUCAUGGACCUUGGCAAUGGGACAUAUGCCCCUCGUCUGCAGGCGCCGAGCUCACAGCCACCAACGCGCACCUCAACGCCGAACUUUAGCGUCCCCAUCAGUAAACGUUUCAGCCUCGUCAAGUCAACCUCUAUCGAGCCGAGUGCGCCUGUCACAGCUAACUCGCCACAAUUGGAAGGCUCCGCCCCCAGACCGACAAGAAGGGCACCUCCGACAACAUUCUCCCUGGCACGGCCACUGUCGAUUGUCGCAGACCGACCGACGACGCCCAUGGUGGCUAACGUAGAGGACGGCGAGGGCCAAGCUACUGCAAAUUCUGCCAUGCGUGCUCAACCCAGAGCGGAUCGACCGACGAGUGUGAACCAAGGCCCGCAAGAAGAUACUUUCCUGCUGCCCGUUUCCGCCUCACGCCCCGCCCACCGCAAGAGCCUGGCCCUUGAGAACCAGCACCUAGCUGUUCUGGAUGCCCACCUCAGUCCUCCUCGGAAAGCCUCGAGCAUGCGGAAUAUCCGACGCGAGGACCACCAGCCGGCCCCUAUCAGACCACCCGAGUUUCAACAUCUGGCGCGCACCAAUUUACCGUCCCCUCCUACAUUGCCACACAUGUCAGAGGAACCCCGGCGGUGCCUGUCCCCAAGGGAUGGCUACGCGCCCAACAAAUCUUGUCCAAUGCACAUAGACCAUUUCCGGGGAAGAAAGACGUCCAGUGUCUGCAUAGAGACUUCCAAACUAUCAUCGUCGCUCGACAGGCCGAUACGGUAUUCCAUGAUCCACCCAUCGGAUAUUCAAAACCACUCUGGGUUCUUCAGCCACAACGUCCCACCGAGAGAGGAACACCGACAGAUUCGGGCAUCGUCCACCGCUCCCAUUUGUAGGAUGUGGAGGAGACAACCCGAAGUUGACUUGGAGUUGCAAGCACAGACGCGGCUCAACCGGCGGAGCAUGCCGCAGCUCAUGGAAGGGCCCCCUCCAGCACCUCCGCCAACUUGCUCCCUACCGCCUAUUCCUCAAAAACAACGGGCUUUAUGAGUCCUGAGCCCAUCCUGUCGCCACCCCCCCUUCCCUCAGUAGUGAGAUCACUACUGACAGUCAUCCAAUCUUCUAUUUUCCUAUGUACGGCUUACCUGAUCUUACACCUUGCCCGGGUGAAGAUUCUCACGACGAGAUGGCGUUUAAAUGUACGAGAUACCGCUUUAUAUCAUGAUGAGUGGUCCGGGAGAUAGAGACCCACGGGCAGUAUCGGCCAUAUACCACUUCGGAUCUUCCUGCUGUUUUAUUCGCUCGUUUGGACACCCGCUCUGGUGAGAGGAAGGGGGUUUGUCAAUAUAUCUCUAUCCCCUAUGACGGGAGAAGAAGGGUCGACGACGAUACCAUGGGUUUAUAAGCUGUUCAAGGACAACGGAAGUAGACUUCUAGCAUCAUGCCCAGAAAUAGAAAUGGAUGAAAAGAAUCAUUGAACCG